AAAAUGUGUUCCAUGUAUUUGUUCAAGUAUCAGAGCAUGCAGUAAUCGUACCAGCUGAUUGGUUUUGUAUAAUUUGGACAAAUUUGCGACCUUUUCAUAGUAGAGUCAUCGAUACAGUUUUGGUAUAGAUCAAGCUUAGCGUCUUCUUGGCAGAGAACAAUGGCGUAAGCUUUACCAAAGUUGUCACAUGUGGAGGAGUUUUAGAAGCCAUAGCGCCUGUUUGUUGCAGCUUAAAAGUUACAACUUUUAGCUUCUAACUUCAAAAAAGUGGGUAUGUAAUGUUUGUUUUAACCUUUAGAAUUUUAGCUUAUAGCUCAUACUAGCUUUUAGAAGGGGUAGAAGCUGGCUUUUUCAAAGCUGGGGUACCCUAGCUUCUACAACUUCUGAUUAAACAGUUACAUUUUUUUGACAAUUUUGCCCCUAUUUUUAACAAAGAAUUACUCUUCUAUCUACACAAUCAAGGGUCUCUCUUCUCCAUCGCCAUCUCCAUUUUCAAAUCUCUUCUUCUCUCUCGCCAUCUCCAUUUCUCUCUAUACACUAAUUAAUUUUUUUAUAAUACUUGAAACUUAUACAUAUACACUAAUUAAUUUUUAAAUUAUCAUUCUAUAACUAUUAAGGGUAUUAUGGACAAUUAUACAAAAAUAAGUUAUUUUACAGCUUAUAGUAUCAAACACCACAACUAUUUAACAACUUUUCAGAAGUUGUAACAAACAAGUUCACAACUUAUUCUAAGUUUUAGAAGCUAUAAUCUAAGAAGUUAGAAGUUAUAAUUUCUUUAAUUAAGUUGCAACAAAUAGGGCCAUAAUUGUGGACAUUGGAGGAGAGGGAGAGCAGGAGGGUUUCGAGAUUCUUUAUAUAUGCGGUGGAGUUGUAUUUCAAAUAUAAUGAGAAUUCAUUAUUUUAUCUUACAAUAAAAACAUAGAGAAUACAACAAAUAUAUAAAGAGAUGCUUGAUCUCUUAACAGAUCACAUUUAACUGUAUCUAGCACUACACACACACACAAGUUGUCAACACAGCUAUAAAAAUAAUUUCGUAUCUCAUAAUGAUCAGAUCUACCUGGUGAGCGUAACCGCCAGUGUGUUUCUAUACAAUUGGUGGGUGUCAAUCCGGUAAUUACAGUUGGGUUCUAAAUCUCUCCCUUUCUCUAUUCCGGCGCAACGAUGUUGUCUAUGGAUAGCCUAAGAAAGCAUUCCAUGCAAUCCCGUUUGAAUAGAUUUGACGUGCACUAUAUAAGCUCAUAUAUACUAUUGCCUGAGUCCGGAACAGUGGUAAACUUUGUGACAAAUUUGCUGUGGUCGCCACCGGACGUCGCCUCUAUUCGGAGACUUUCGAGUAAAUUCUCCCUUCUUAGGCUUAACUCACCCUCUCUGUAAUAUCCUCAAAUUUUGAAAAUAAAUAAAUAAUAAAAGUAUAAAUUAAGUUUAUCUAAAUUAAUUUAAAUUAAUUAAAUUAAUGUUUUAAUUUGAGGCAGUGCGCGUGUGUUGGUGUGCUAAGCAUAAAAAAAUUUGCUAUUUUCUUUGUGUCUCUCAUUGAAGCUUCUUGAAGCUUCUGGCCGAAUGGAGAAGCAGAGGAGAGAGAGAGCUCAGGGGCGAGAGAGAGAGCUCGAUUGAGAGGGAGAGAGGCGUGUGCAGUGGCAGCCAUGGAAGCCGCAAGUUCGAGCUUCCAACAAGCUCGUGCGGCCAUGGCCGCAAGCUUGGGUGAAGAAGGGACAGUCAGCGAGCAGGGAAGCCAUGGACGACGCGGAGCAGCCAUCGAUGGCGGCUGGAGCGCCGGUUCAUGGUGGCACGAGGUGGCAGCUAGGAGCUUCAGCGACGGCUAUGGCGAUUGCGGCAGUUGCAGCGCACGCGGUGAGCGUGGAGGCAGCCGCGGAGGCGGCUGGGCAUGGCCGCGAGGGGGCUGUGCGCAGGGUGAAGGCGCAGGGAAGAAGAAGAGCAGAAAAGAAGAAGAAGAAGAAGAAGAAGAAGAAGAAGAAGAAGAAGAAAGGCGCAGGGGGUGAUGAAAAUUGUGAAAAUUCAAGAGGAAUUGUGAGGAAAAUACAGGAAAUGAUUUAAUUCGCAUCGGGAGCACAAGAGAGGCUGAAAGCAGCUGUUUUCAGGCAAGCUCCUCACCAUCUCCUCAUGUUCUUCAAUUCCCGUGAAAGACCCCUUGAUUUCCUGUAUUUUAUCUUCUCCCUUACUCUAAUUCGGCACCUCGCCUUAUUUGUUGAGUUAUUAUUCAGUGUUUUAAGUUAAAUUAAAUUCGAGACAUCUAGAGCUUUAU